AACAUUUUGUGCAUCUCUUACAAAGUAACCAACCCACCUGUGCAUUAUGGCACAUGCACGUCACCUGUUCCUACUUCUGAUCGCCUUUACGAUCACGAUGGUGACUGCGAGAUUGGACUUCAAUCCAACCAUCAUCAACCAAGAUCGUGGCAGAACAAAGAUUAAAAUCGGACUGCUGGCAGAAUGGACAGAUACAGAAGGAAACCAAGGAGUAAGGGGCUUUCCCGCUCUCGGUGCUUUACCCCUGGCAAUAUCACUGACUAACCAAGAUUCGAACGUUUUAGAUGGCUAUGACGUACAGUUUGAAUGGGUUGAUACUCACUGUGAUAUUAACAUCGGAAUGCAUGCUGUUAGUGACUGGUGGAAACGGGGCUUUGCGGGUGUCAUUGGACCGGGCUGUGGUUGUACAUAUGAGGGUCGUCUUGCAUCUGCACUCAACUUCCCUAUGAUUGAUUACGUUUGCGACGAAAACCCAGUAUCGGACAAAAAUCUUUAUCCAACUUUUCUUCGAACCAUACCCCCUAGCAUCCAGGUGGUUGAAGCAAUUAUCCUAACACUUCAAAGAUAUGAAUGGAGUAGGGUGUCCGUAGUAGUUGAAAACAUCACUAAGUACCUGAACAUCUUUGAAACGGUUAAAGAAAAGUUUGAAGAGCGAAACUUUGAGAUUCUCCACGAAGAAUAUUACCCGGGAUUCGAUCCUUGGGACGAGGAAAUGGCCGACCCAUUCACUGACAUUAUCCAACGAACCAAAGUAACGUCAAGAAUCUACAUUUUCUUGGGCGAUGCCAGCGAUCUUCGUCAAUUUGCUAUGUCUGCCUUGGAUGAUGGGAUGUUGGACUCGGGUGAUUAUGCGAUUUUAGGUGCGGUCGUUGAUUUAGAAGUGAGAGACAGUCAAGAUUAUCAUAGUCUCGAUUAUAUCCUGGAUACAUCUGAAUACCUAAACCAGAUAAAUCCCGACUAUGCACGCCUCUAUAAGCACCGAGAGUAUACAAGAACCGACGAUGACCACGCCCUUGAAGCACUGAAGAGCGUUCUCAUUGUGACUGGAGCUCCCGUACUCAAAACAAGAAAUUGGGAUCGAUUUUCAACCUUUGUCAUUGACAACGCACUCGAUGAACCUUUCAAUGGCGAAUUGCAACUUAGAGCUGAAAUUGACUUUGCAUCAGUAUACAUGUUUGAUGCUACAAUGCAGCUACUAGAGGCAUUGGAUCGCACAUUGGCAGCUGGUGGAGAUAUUUAUGAUGGGGAAGAAGUCGUUUCAACUCUCUUCAACACGACUUAUCGAAGUAAAACUGACACUUUCUAUCAAUUUGAUGAGAACGGAGAUGGUGUAAAGCCCUAUGUUCUUCUUCAUCGCAUACCUAUACCGAAAGGAGAUGGCGGGGCGACCGCUGGUUCUCUUGGCAUGUACCCGAUCGGGACAUUUAGUAGAGAUGAUAAUGGGCAAUGGAGCUUUGAAGAGGCUAUGGAUGAUGAUGAUAAUGUUUUGAGACCUAUUUGGUUCAACCGAGAUGAGCCUCCUCUUGACAGGCCUGUCUGUGGAUUCCACGGGGAACUUUGCACAGAUUGGGGACUGUAUCUCGGAACGUCGAUACCAGCUUUCAUCCUUGUUUUCGGAGGGUUAAUCGGGUUCUUUAUAUACAGGAAACGCGCAUACGAAGCAGCACUCGACAGUUUGGUCUGGAAGGUUGACUGGUCGGAAGUUCAAACUAAAUCAACCGAAACUAAUUCUCAAGGGUUCUCUAUGAAGAGCAUGGUGGUCAGUGCUAUUUCGGUCAUAUCGAAUGCUGAAAAGCAACAGAUCUUCGCCACCAUUGGAACAUACAGGGGUACGGUCUGUGCUAUCCACGCUGUUCAUAAAAACCACAUCGAUUUGACAAGGGCUGUACGAACUGAACUGAAAAUAAUGCGUGAUAUGAGACACGAUAACAUUUGUCCGUUCAUCGGAGCCUGUAUUGACCGCCCCCAUAUCUGUAUCAUGAUGCAUUACUGUGCAAAGGGAAGCUUACAGGAUAUUCUUGAAAAUGAAGACAUCAAGCUGGACAGCAUGUUCCUCUCUUCCCUGAUUGCCGACCUGGUCAAAGGCAUUGUCUAUCUCCACAGCUCCGAGAUCAAAUCACACGGUCAUCUCAAAUCAAGCAACUGUGUGGUUGAUAACCGCUGGGUGCUUCAGAUCACCGACUAUGGUCUCCACGAAUUCAAGAAAGGACAAAAACAAGAUGUUGAUCUCGGUGAACAUGCGAUUCUAGCCCGUCAACUCUGGACAGCACCCGAGCAUCUGGUACAGGGAAAGAGCAUGCCUCCAGGAGGUUCGCCUGCAGGAGAUAUAUAUUCAUUUGCUAUCCUCCUGACUGAACUCUACUCAAGACAAGAACCAUUCCAUGAGAACGAUCUAGACCUAGCAGUUAUACUUGAUCGAGUUAAGAAAAGGGAAGUGCCUCCGUAUCGCCCGAUUCUGAACGCAGUAAAUGCUGCUGCACCAGACUGUGUGCUCAGCGCUAUCCGUGCAUGCUGGGCUGAUACUCCUGAAGAACGACCAAACAUCAUCGAAGUUCGUUCCAUGCUGGCACCGCUACAGAAAGGAUUGAAACCUAAUAUUCUUGACAACAUGAUUGCGAUCAUGGAACGAUAUACCAACAACUUAGAAGAGCUGGUAGAUGAACGGACGCACGAACUUCAGAAGGAAAAGGCAAAGACCGAGCAACUACUACAUCGUAUGCUUCCACCAUCGAUUGCCUCACAGCUGAUCAAGGGUAUUGCUGUCUUACCGGAAUCCUUUGAUAUGGUGUCCAUCUUCUUCUCUGAUAUUGUUGGUUUUACUGCCCUGUCUGCUGCCAGUACACCUAUCCAGGUUGUGAACUUGCUGAAUGAUUUAUACACCCUUUUCGAUGCCAUCAUUGCCAACUACGACGUGUACAAGGUUGAGACCAUUGGUGAUGCUUACAUGCUUGUAUCUGGAUUGCCAAUCCGUAAUGGAGAUCGUCAUGCUGGUCAAAUUGCCUCUACCGCCCACCAUCUCCUGGAAGCCGUCAAAGGAUUCAUUGUACCUCAUCGACCUGACGUGUUCCUCAAGCUUCGUAUUGGUAUCCAUUCCGGUUCUUGCGUGGCUGGCGUUGUUGGUCUGACUAUGCCCAGGUAUUGUCUCUUUGGAGAUACUGUCAACACUGCCUCCCGAAUGGAAUCAAAUGGACUGGCUCUGAAAAUCCAUGUCAGUCCCUGGUGCAAGGAGGUUCUGGAUAAACUUGGUGGUUAUGAACUUGAAGAUCGAGGUCUUGUCCCCAUGAAAGGUAAAGGAGAAAUCCAUACCUACUGGUUGCUAGGACAGGAUCCCAGCUACAAGAUUACCAAGGUUAAGCCUCCAGCACAAAAACUUCCCCAGGAGGUCAUAGAAGCUGCCGCUAAUCGGGUCAUACCUGACGAUGCCUAACUGAAAUACCCGAUUGAAAUACCAACUAGAAAAACAAAAUGAAAUAGCAAGGGAAAGUACGAAGGAACAUCCCCCCAAAUCGUUUCAUACCCAACGGCAGCUAGAAACUUGAUCAAGAUUUCAUUGCAAAAUUGAUAUCCAUGGAGAUUUAACAUACGAAUGGCGUCUUUUUUCACUCUUGAUUCAUUCAUACCGAUUCUAAUAAUGAAUGAGUUUUUCGGAGUCUGUAAAAUCUGUAUAAUUCAAAUGAUAUUAACGAUAAAUUUUGAAUUGAAAAUUCACAAAAUAUAAUAGCAAUAAGUUACAGAUUAUAGAAUUCAAUUUAUAUUAACGAUAAUUAAACGUUUAAGUAUCAAAGUUUUAUUAAAGAUAAAUGUAAAUUUAAGAAUACAAAUGAUAAUAUUGAUAAAUUUACUUGA